AUGUCGGAUCCUCAACUAUUAGUACAAAAGGCUCAAAAGAAGGCCCAGCCUUCUUCCGGGUUCAUGAAGCUUUUUGGAGCCUCUGAUACUUAUAAAUACGAAGAAGCUGCAGACUUGUAUGUUGAAGCUGCAAACCUUUACAGACUGCGCAAAGAGCUGGACGCCGCAGGUGAUUUGUUUCUGGAAGCAGCAGCGUGCCAAAUCAAGGCUCAGAGUGAGGAUGAGGCGGGAAACACGUUCGUUGAAGCGUUCAAGGCAUUCAAAGCUGGUUCUUCGCCAGUCAAGGCCUGUGAAGCACUCAACAAGGCCAUUGACAUUUUCACGCGCAGGGGACAGUUCAGAAGAGGUGCCAACUUCAAGUUUGAGCUCGCAGAGCUCUUGGAGUCCGAUCUUCAGGACUAUUCGGGUGCCGUGGCUGCUUACGAAGCAGCUGCCGACUGGUACUCCCAGGACCAAGCUCUUGCGCUCGCCAACAAAGCGUACUUAAAGUGUGCGGACAUACAAGCUCUCGAGGGCCGUUACAUCGAGGCCUGCGACGUGUACCGCAAAGUUAUCGCGAAUUCUGUGGGGAACAGACUGAGCCAGUGGUCGCUAAAGGAAUACUUUUUGAAGACCGCUCUGUGCUACUUGGCGGCAGAUGACCAGGUCGCCGCUCAGAGAACGCUAUUGGAGGCUCAAGAACAAGACUCGAACUUUUCGGGGUCGCGCGAGCACGAGCUCAUCAGUGCGUUGCUCGAAGCCUGUGCCGAGGGCGAUUCCGAAAAGCUGAGUGCCAAAGUCUACGAGUUCGACCGUUUUGCCAAACUGGAUAAGUGGAAAACCACUAUCCUAUUGAAGAUUAAAGACUCCAUCGCGUCUGCAGACGAUGAUCUGUUGUGA